GUAGAAACCCUUACCUAUCUGGAGGCCCAGACCUCUCUCUGCUCUUCCUUUCCCCCUCUCCUUGCAUCGCUUUCCUCUUCCUCUUUUUAUUUACUGACUUGACUACUUUAGUCAUUUCCAUUGCAGUGGUUUAAUAGUCAUUGCACAUCUACAUACUUUUUUUAUUUAUUUUAUUUUCCCUUUCAUGGACAAGCACCUUUCAAAGCAUUCCAACCCAAACUACCAGCCUGUUCCUACUCUCUCUUCUGGCCCUUUUAACGGCGAAAACGCACUCCUUCAACAUACAAAGUCAUCAUCUAUUGAAGGAUUGUCUUCUAUGUCGCACUAUACCCCAGUCCAUGAUACCAGCAAUCACCAUAGUGGCCAGUAUUCAUCCAUAGAACAAUACCCAAAUGAACCCACUUAUACCCAUCAACGGCAAUACCUGAACAACAGUAACAACAACGGUAGUGGCAAUGGCAAUAAUGUUAUUAUUGAUAAUCUUGAUAUAACUCCCCCACAAGGACGUAAUCAGUAUAGGCCUGAAGAAGAUGGUGAUCCAACGACGUUACCGGUCCUUGUUGAUGAGGAGGCACCACGCGAUAUUUCUAAUUCUUCGUCCCACCUAAAUAAUCGCUACCCCUGUGUGGACGAUUUCAAUGACCCCUCAUUAUCAUCAUCGUCAUCAUUAUACCUAACACCUCCAGGAAAGGCCCUUACACUCCAAUUAUUAACGACACUCUCAACAAUCAUAUUUACAGUCUUACCAGUAGUCGUAAAAUCAGGGAAAGCUACCCAGUGGGGUCAAUUCUAUUCAUGGAAGGAUGCCUGUCGGUUGAUUGAACCCUUUGUCAGUGGGUUAUUCCAUACCUGGUUCUUUUAUAAUUCUGAUCUUAUGAGGACAACAAGGGGCUAUCAUCAAUCUAUGUCUCUGUCCUGGCAGCAGCAACAUUGUGUUUCGAAUAAACAGCAUGACAUUCCGAUGACGACCCGAAGACGAUUCUCUGCUAAUUCAGCUGCGGUUGCGGCUGAGAAUCACCAUGCAAGGGCUAAUGCCAACAACAAUGGUAAUGGCAAUGGCAACAGUAACAGUAACAUUGGUUCAUUUGCACAAUCGCAACUUGAGCCUGGAAUCGCAGCCAACAGCAACAGCAACAACAAGAGAUCAUUUAAAAAUUCUUCAAAGUUCAAAACAACUCUUUCAUUAAUUUUCACGUUCUUUUUGAUCCUCUACGCGACUGGAGGGGCGAUCCAUACAGCAGCAGCGCUUUUCAAAAACGUCGUUGCCUUCUUUUUACAGGAACAUUCUCGAGGGAUUGGUUUGUCGACCCAUCCGUUGACUCAAGGAGAUGGCCAACUAUCGAUGGAAUUGGCACAGAAGCUCAAAGACGGUUACCUGUUGAUGCAGGAUGUAUGGGAACAUAAAGCGUCUCAUUACAUGUAUGCUAUAGGAGCUUUGGGGAUGUCGUGGUGUGAGAUGAUUGCUUAUUCCGAACAGGUUUUGCCCAGAGGCGUCAAUUUGGCACGUGUUGGACAUUUGACGAAGAGAAACCAGGGUCCUAAUGUGUCAGUCAAGAGUAGUAAACGACUUGUGUUCCUCUGGAUCUUGGCAGGUGUGCUUUACGGAGGCAUUGUUGCGGGUGUUGCAUGUCAAUAUCCAAAAGGUCUUUAUGUGGGUAUUGUUUAUGUUAUUCUUUUGCUCCUGGUGGUCUGUGGGUAUAUCCUGACGAGGCCUACACGUGGAUUGUUCUCGUUGGGGCGCCAUUAUAUCCUACAAACCUAUGUCAUUGGAGGCGUUGUCGCGGCCGUGGUGAUCAUUAUCUACAUGGCUGUCAAUGACUUUGAUAUGCUCACCAGCAAUGACAGAUCAUAUCUUGGAUCUAUUACUCGGCCUUAAUUUUUUUCUUUUUCCAUGUUGAAACGAAAUAUCACUUCAGAGCCAAGCUCGUGAAGAAAGUUGAGAGGGGGAGUCUUCAAGAUCUCAAGACCUUCAGGUCAAAGUCCAUCAUUUUGUCACCAUUUCAAAUAUAUUAAAGUACUAGAGCUUUUUAGGUCUGUUAUUCGCC